AUGGCGGAACCGGGGCCGCCCUUGACGCCCACCCCGACCACGACCCCGACGCCGUUGGCCCGGCAGAGCAGCGCCCCCAGCCCCGCCCGGGCCUACCACUUGCGCCCGGCCUUCCACCACAGGUUCCGUUCUUCCAUGGUGAAAGAUUGCAUCCGGGAAAUCCUGAAGGAGGAGCUGGCCAACGUGCAGUACAACCCGGAGGAGAUCGGAGGCCGGACCAAAGUCUUAUCCGAGCUGAUCCGCGACAGACUGAAAGAGAAAGGAUUGCACCGAUACAAAAUACUGGUGCAAGUUGUGAUCGGGGAACAGAGAGGCGAGGGGGUGAACAUGGCUGCUCGUUGUUUCUGGGAUGCCGAUACUGAUAACUACGCUCAGGAUGUUUUCAUCAAUGAAAGCCUCUUCUGUGUGGCUGUCGCCUUUGGCUGUUUUUUCUACUGAAGCCGACGGCAAGGUCCAAGAAGAACGGCAUUUGUUUUAAAGACCCUGAAGAAGCAGGAUGAUGAUACGCUCCGUCUCCCUUCCUCACGCCUUACUGUGCGCUUGCACACGCAUGUAUAUCAGUGUACAUAGUCCAUUGUGAGAAAUAUAGUUUCCAAAUGAUGUUUUUAAGGUACCCCCAGACUCCGGCUUUUGCUGUUUUGUAUAUAAAGAGAACUCCAGCCCAGUUCUUCUUGAAAUGGAAGAACAACCCACAGUUCAUUGCAUAAAUAAUUUCUCUAUUGUGUUGCUCCCUGUGCUUAGUGGCAUCUGUACACGGGUGCCCAGUGUGACCAUUUAAAUACAGUUGUUAACAAACGUUA